AUGGGGGUCGGCCCAAACUCCACUGCCAUGUACUCAAUCAGGAGGGAAACUGAGCUCCAGUACGAGCGCAUAUUCAGGGCAGUAUGGAAGAAGCUGGAGGCUCUACUGCGGUCCCCGCAAGAGAAAGCCUCACCUGGUAGGACGCUGCAGAGACCGAAACGAGAGGGCAAAGAGAAGGAUGGGACAAUCCCGGCUCUCAAAAUGGACACUCUUAAGAAAGGCCCAACUACACCCAAAUGGAGAAAGGCUGCGACUAGACUCAGACCGCACGAAGCCCAUAAAGCUAAGGGGACUCCCACGGCACAACAUCACAGACAGCCCCGCCGAAAAGCAGCAACCCAAAGCGGAUUCAAGAGGGGUAAGGCCCGUCAAGACAGACCGAGAGGAUGGCGGACGGUCAAGCCUAAAUUGGCAGAAACCACUACACUGCCACAUCGAACCGGCAACAGCCAACGACCGCACCAAUCAGUCCAAUUCACAGCCAGGACCCCAAGAUACUCACCGAGCGAACAUUUAACCCGCACCGCCUCUACUCUGCACAUCCGGAAUGCCGAACAAGAGUCUCAAGCACAGGGCGCGGGUCAGUACUCGGCCCACACAAGGAACCGGCUUAACAGCAUUGCAGGAGAGAGACUCACCCUAGGGUACCUGUGA